AUGGGUUUGUGCUGUAAGUGCCGUAUAGAACUACGUAGUACCGAUAUACCGUGGAAACCAUAUUGCCGAGGGUAAGCUUUAUUUUUUCUCGUAUGUACAACAAAGUUUUCGUGCCUUUCACUCGGGACUUAGCUAAUAAAACUUAUAGCCUUUCACUAUGAUAUUUUCCUAUGAAGUGGACGGUGCGAUCACCAAAUGACGUAAUACUAGAGAUUUAAAACUAGACAUUGAUUUUCACCACAUCACAAAAGCGAACAAACAAUAGUUUUCGCAGGACUAAGACGACGUUUCGGCGUCGUCAUAACAUUUUCAACAAGACCAAUUGCGAUAAAACGACCUUUUAAAGAUAGGCAACAGGUUUUUAGUACUUUUGGAUAUGUCUUAAUUUAAUACUAUCUUCGCUUGGAACUGGCCAGAACGCCUCUGGGUCAGGAAUUAUUUUGUGGCUUAGCUUCUUUUUUUUUCAGCACAACAGUGUACGAAAUUUUGUUCUCUCUCUUCUUCAUUGCUGUGUUUGACAUUUCCUUAUUCUCGCCUAAAAUAACUAAAACUUGAGGAUUUUGGUCGAAGCCAAGAUAGCUAACUAAUACGAGGAAUAACAAGGGUCCUUAGCAGCUGGGAUAUAUUAUCCAAUAAUUAAAGACCUCGAGGUACUUGUGAACUCUGGAAAAGGCCUUCGCGAUAUUAUUAUUGUCACCCCACGUUACAUGUGACUGGCGGUAUUCUGUUGCGCAAUUCGUAUAACCGCGCUCUAUGGUUCAAACAAACCAAAAAAACUGUUUCUUUCGAUGUUACAACACGAUAAGAGAAUUGUACAUCGUAAUAGAUUGUUGGAUUGGACUGAAUCCAAUACAACAAUCUAUCGCGAUGUACAAUUCUCAGGUUCAACGAUCAAGACAAUAACUAGAACUCAACUAGAAGUAACACUGCAUUCUAAAUAUACAGAGGGUUUUGUACUAUCCUUGCGUAAGGCAGUAUUUUUACAUUAAUCACAUGUACAGUAAAAGUUUCCAUUGUAAUGUUUCUAAAUUAAGUAACUAUUACAAAAUCGCAGGGUCUUCCACCUUAUUUGGCCUAGGAAAAUGCAUGCAGUUACAUCAUUUUAUAUUAUAAAUAUACUCGGACUUUGUCUACAUUAUUCUGAAAUUUCAUGUCACGAAAUCUAACUUCUUUGCGCUACAAAUGUCAAUUCUUAAUUAAUAUUUAAUCACAAAAAUAAUCAAGUUAAGCAUCGCAUUUUUCUUUCCCGACAUAGUCGACCUUGAAAUAAGACUACGCCAAGAUAAAGAAGUGAAAAAUUGAAUUCCUAUGCCGAUAUGAAUAAGUAUUAGUUGCAUUUACAUCUCUUCUACACAUUAAAGAAAAAUAAUUAACCAAUUCGCUCAAUGUAAGGUAAAACGGAUUCCGGAAUCCAAGUUCCACUGACAAGGAAUACAAGGGAAUGCAUUACCUACAAUCCGGAAAUCCACAGCGUGGAAUCCAGAAUCCACGGGGACUUUCCAUUUGUCAGAACUGGCCGGCCGGACCAUCGCCCGACCAGAGUUUUUGCUGAAGAACCAUCUCCCUCGUGCAUACUAUUUAGGAUUUGACUGAUCUGGCUUGAUAGUUUUGAUUAAAAGGGAAAUUAUCAUUUGCGACGGGAACGGUCUGGCCGGUCCAGUUCUGACAAAACGGAAAGCGCCCCAAGACUGACUUGGAUGACCUUACAUGGAGCGACCCAACGAACGGUGAGGCAAUUGGGAUUACACAAUGAAUUUUCUUAUCUCCACCGGUAAGAAACGCUGUGUUGGCAAACUUAUAUUAUAAUGUAUGUCGUUCUCUUAAAAUUGUAAUUUAAUUUGUGUUCAGCAUUGGGCAGAUUGGUAUUUACAGAUUUACUUCUCUUUUGCAGAUGUUAUCAAAGAGCGUUUCCAUUUUGCGACCAUUGUAAAAAUCCUCUCCACAAGGGACAGGAAUUAAUAGGGAAUUACCACAAGUUUCCGUAAGUGUAUCGCUAAGCUUCAUGAACUGUACCGAAUGUAGCCAUGGAAAGAUGGAAAGAAAGAUAGGUACUAAGAGUCAUUAGGGUACAUGCUAGGUAGAAUCGAGUGAGCGCAGGGAGGCGAAGGGGUGUCAUAUGGAGAUAAAUGUGUACGGCCAUAAAGAACUGCACGGGAAACCAGCAAUAUGUAUGGGUAAUAGCAUGAUUAGUGGUGAUAUUUAGCAUAAAUACCACGAGUGAUAUUUCAAAAUUGUUAUACGUAAUUUCACGAGCCGUUGGGCGAGUGAAAUUUGAGACAAUUUUGAAAUAUCAUGAGUGGUAUUUAUGCCAAAUAUCACGUACAAAUCAUGCUAUUAUUUGUUUAUACUACCACCCGCAAAAGGUUUGUAAUUUUCACAUGUAGGUAUUUCAAAUUAAGCUGAAAUACCACUGCUCUAAGCCAAUCAAAUUGCAGUAAUUUAUCAUGUAGUAGUAUAAGAAUGAUAACGAUGGUGAAUAUAUGAAUUUCAUAUUAAUGCGAAGUGAAGAAAUAAAUGCAAAGAAUAAAUGCACCUUCUUUGCAUUUUAUUUCUUUAUUUCGUAGUUCCAAUAUAUGAAAUUCAUAUAUUCAUCAUUAUUUCAUCUUCAUCUUUGUCGGUUAUACUACGAAACAAUUUCAUGACCAGCUGCCAGCGCUGCACCGGUAUCGCAGAGGUCAGGACUCGAAUCCAGGCAAGCCUGACUUUUUUCACGCUUUCUUUUCGUAACUUAUGAUAAGUUGCGGCUUUAAUUCCAGGAUCUUCUUUGCAUUUAUAAAUGAUAAUUAUAAGUGAUUUAGUGUGGUUAGUUUGUAAGUAAUCAAGCCUGUUGUUGAUUUGAUCAUUGUCAGAUGCUACAGUCUGGAGACAAAGAAAUGCUGUGAAUGUUUCGCCGACGUUAAAAGUGAGCAUGGAGAUGGAAUUUACUGCCCAAAGUAGGUGUCAGAUUUUUCGAUGAAUAAAUAGAUUUCAAAGAAUUAUCGUGGGACAUAGGGAUUCGCUCUCUUAGAUCAUUCUCUCUUAAUACUUUGAAAAAUGGUUAUCCUUCAUUACUGAGCUAAUCAUAAGAGAACUACAGCGAUUUUGUCAGUUGAGUUGGUAAGGUAAUUAAAAUUGUCCACCGUUUGUGUAGCCAUUUAUCAUAACUCUAACAUGAGAUCAGGCUCUAUUUUCGUUUCGCUUUGAAAAUUACAUUCGGGCGGGCAAGGCGAAACGAAAAGAGAGGCCCAAUUUUAGCAGUAGCCGUUAGAGAGAAUGUAUGAGAACCGCUAAAAUUGGGCCUGAUCUCAGGUUAUCGUAACUCUGGCUACAGUACAGUGUAAGGGGUCAGCGCUGGAAGUGUGGUAAGCCUUUGUUUUUUCAGUUUUGCUUUCCAAGCGAGUCUUUGAUUGCAGGUAUCCUGUUCAAGUUACCAAGAAAUGUUAUUUAAAACAAAAAUAUAUAAUAGACAUAAUUAAUAUUUUGCCGGCAUGAAACGAGGACCUGUCUUAGAGUGCUGAGCACGAGGUAUCGCGGUUUGGUGUUUGAAAUGGUUACCGUUUUGCUAUUUGUGUCAUUAUACCGUCAGCCUCGUCGAGUUAAUUUGUUUUGUUUUAGUUAAGUUUUCAGUUUGUUCCAUUAGGUCGAUUUACGUUGUCCCCCUUUACUAUAGCGUUUACGUCUUUCCGUUUUCUAUGCAUGUAAUUACGGCUUCAGUUUCAUUUAGAUUGGCUUUUUACCCCAAAGGCUACAGACUCCAGCGACAACAAUCGCUGAGAUAUAAAGAGGUCUAUCUCAGCGAUCGUUGUCAAUGCGAUCGCUGGAGAGUGGUUGAGAGUGGUUGAGUGCUGAACGUUUUUUUCUCAGUGAUCGCAGCGAACCACAGCGAUCGUAGCGAUCAUAUGGAAACCGGGGUUAAUCUAUCGCAAUAACCAUAAUCCACCCUACCUCCUCAACUGCUACCUGUACGACUUACAAACAUAUCGAACGCACUCUUCUAAGCUCCGAUUACUCCUAGUAUACACAGUCCUAAUUUUUCUAAUGGAGCAGAGUAAAAUGCAGACUGCAGACUGACUCAGGACUAUUGUUUUUAGGGUUAGAAAACAAUGUGAGUAUUGUUGUCACGUUCUCAUUUGCAUGGUGAAAACAAUAGUGCGCAGUUUGCGUUUUACACUGACCGUUUUUCCAAUAGUUGAUUUUUUCUAGUUUAGGUGUCCGGUUGUGGCGUAUUUACAGUCAUUCAUAUGAGUUAAUCAAAUGAAGUGUGCAUGAACCUGGCUGACCGGCGUGCCUAUAUCUUUUCGUUGUUAGUGUAUUUAGUCGUGUAGUAGAGGCAAAAUAACCGAUACCCGAGGGUCAACCCGAGGGUAGAUAGCUUCCCACUUGUUUCCGUUUUAGGCAGAAAUAUGAAUUGGUAGCAACUGUUCUCUUAUUAAGAGAACCGUUGACAGUAUUAUCAAAAGGUUUGCACUCUAAAUAUGGAGCAUUGAGAAAUCGGGUAAGAUGUGCCAAAAGUGGGUAUUAUCAUAAAGCCGUUUAUCACUUAUUAUCGGUUAACUUUCGAACGUCCAUCGCCGUAUCACUGCGCAAUUUUAAUUCCCUUAGUAACAGCAAUCGAUUAAUAUUGAUUAAUCCUUUGCAGGUGCUACGAUGUAAAAAACGCACCUCCCCUUAAAAUGCACUUCAAGUACAAAGACAACGAAUUUAGUCUGCACUCAAGAGACGACAGCGUUAUAGACGCCCUCAAUCUGUUUACAGACAGACUGUACAAUGCGUUGCAGACGAGUAUGACUCCACGUGUAGUCCAGGAGCCAACACCUAAAGACGAUCGACAAAGCAGCUACUGGAGCUAUACCAGAUCAUGGUUAGAAUACCCCGUCAAGGGAGUGAAAAAUUUUGUCGGUAAAAAAAUUCUCUCCUUGGAAUGA